AUGGAACAGGCCCAUCUCAAAACGGAGACGCUACCGGGCUACGAGCAGGUCGUACGAGCAUCCUCCGAAACGGAUACAAUAAGCGGAGACAACGGCGCGGUCCCAGGCUACGAACCGUCAGCCAGAAUGUCAGCCUCGACGUCGAAGUCGCCUGUCCUUAUCCCGGCCAAGAAGGACAACGCGCCGUAUCGCGUGCAGACGUCAAUGUUGCUCGAUACUGGACCGUCGGACGGCGCUGACGGCACUGGUGGCGCAUCUGCUUCGACCGAUAUCCCGCACACGUUUGUGGCGGACCCAGCCGACAUUCUACCGCCGACGGUGCUCGUGCUCGACGGGCAGGUUAUUUUCGCCGAGAACGCGCCCGCCGUUGUUCUGUACGAGUCAGGUCUGGGCUUGGCGGGUCUGACGCCGGCCACCAAGCGCGUCGAGCUGGAGAGGUGGGCCUACGAUGGGUCGACGCGCGUCCGUAAGCGCGGCUUUUAUGUGCUGGGGCACAUUAACAAGUUACUGCCGUCCCUGUUCAAGCCCGGCCCGCCCGAAUGGUUCAUUUACAGCUUGUCGUCGCGGACAGCACCUCUGGGCGUCUUUGGGUGGCGCGAGGGUCUCACCGAUGCCUGGGAGGCGCUCCCGGCACGCAUCGAGAAACACGAGUUCCACUGGGCCGACGGGGCCAAGGACAAAGUGCUGUUCCGGACGCGGUACAAAAAGGGCGUGUGCACGUGGACGGACGCGGAGCACAAAGAAGUGGCCAAACUAUACGAGACGUCGCGGCUGGUGGUGACGGAGCCGCUGCGGCGCGAUCUGCGGGACGUGCUGGUGGCGCUCUGGUGCUGCUACGUAUGGGAGCAGGCGCUGAACCGGCAUGUGCCCGUACCGGUGCCGCGGGGCAAGAACCCUAUCGAGGAGGGCCGGUGCCAGGGCCUUGCGGACCAGGACCGCGACCGGCAGAUUGACCUGACGCACGCGGCAACGCUCGUCCAGUUGAACCACCAUCUUCGAUCCGCACGCACGGCGGUACAACGGUGUCUGCCACAGGCCAAGAUCAAGCAAACGGAGGACAACCGCGACCGGCGCAUGAAUCUAACUUUGCCUCCCGCAGCGUUUGACGACUCAUGA